ACGCGAAAGAAAACUACGAUGUGGGCCUGGACUCAGAAUCCGACGAGGAUGACCCUUCGGGGGUUCGACGCAAUAGCUACUCCGCUAUGACACGAAUGUUCGAAGAUCGCUUCGGGUUGGGUCCGACAAAAAAAGGCUCGGAUCGGAAGGCUUCUUCCUCUGCUUCGACCUCCCGUCGCUCUAGUCAAGCACAAGGAGGCCAGGGCGAGGAAGAAGUGUCCAUGAAAGAGGUCGCGGCCCAAUUAGUUACGGUAGUGGCCCCGCUGACGGAGUUUGUUCAGGGCCUGCAGCGGCAACGCAUAGCCGCCGCACAACGGCAACAAGGGGCUAUGGCCGCCGGGGCCCCUAUGAUAAGACCGGUCGUGGCCGGGGCUGUCCCGCCCCUACGCUGUUAUAACUGUAAUCAGCCAGGUCACCUUGCGAAAGAUUGUCCGAAACCUCGAACUCAGGACGGGCCCGCUGGGCCUUCCCAAAUCCCGCUGGCUGCUCCAACCUCUGCAGGACAGGGGAGGGUGGCCACGGUGAUGGAUACCGGGGCAACGGAAAUGGUGACCCCGGCGGCCACCGAGAUAGGGCCCGAUGAAUACAUGGCUGCGGCGAUGUUCGAACCCGGGACCAUCGGAGUGAUACGUCACGUCCAACGGAUUACCGAGGAAAGCGAACUCGGGCCGUGGCGACCAGGGUUCGAAGACCUUGCGACACCUAGUCCUGAAUACAAGGAUGGCCAUAUCGACGUAUUGGAUGCCUUGAAGGCUCUGGAUCUUCGGAUCCCCCACGCGAUUGAUACCGGGGAUCACGCCCCGAUACAUUGCCGACCGUACCGAUAUUCCCUUAAAGAAAGACAGUUGGCGUUGGAAAGGGUACGGGAAUUUGAGCAGUUGGGGUGGGUCGAACCAUCGCUGGGACCGUGGUCUUUUCCCGUAGCUCUCGUGCCAAAACGAAAUGGUUCGGUCCGGGUAUGCAUCGAUUACCGGAAAUUGAACGCUAUCACUACCAAAGAUGUGUAUCCCUUGCCGCGAAUCGACGAUUUGUUGGAUGCUAUCGGGGUCGCACGAGUCUUUUCCAAGUUCGAUAUCCGACACGGUUUUCACCAUGUCGCAGUCCGACCGGAGGACCGACCCAAAACCGCUUUCGUCCUAUUUGAGGGCACGUGGCAAUGGGUCCGGUGUCCCAUGAGAAUUUGUAACGCCCCCGCAACAUUUCAGCGGGCCAUGAAUAUGGCCUUCGCUGAGUUCGUUAACAAAACCCGACUAACCCAGCCCCUGAUCAAUUUCUGCGUGAUUGUGUACAUGGAUGAUAUUUUGGUCUUUUCAAAAACACACGAGUACCACGUGGAACACAUUAAGUGGGUUUUGCAUGCACUAAAGGAAGCGGGGUUCAAAGUGGCCUUGGAGAAAAGCGAGUUCUUCUUGUCGGAGAUCUCAUUCUUGGGGUAUAUCGUCACGGUCGAUGGACUAAAACCAGAUCCGAGGAAGGUGGCAGCAGUUCAAGACGCCCUGGCACCGGUCACACUCACCCACGUUCGGGCUUUUCUAGGGCUGGCAUCCUMUUACCGACGCUUCAUCAAGGGGUUCGCCGGUAUAGUGAAGCCCCUCACGAACCUGCUGAAGAAAGAGGAACAACUGAUCUGGACGCCGGAAUGCGAAGCGGCGUUUCAGGCGUUGAAGGAGGCUCUGACAUCUGCUCCUGUGUUGGCACGCCCCGACCCGACAAGACCGUUCGCACUGUACACCGACUGGCAGCCUCAGGCGAUAUCGGCGGUGCUGACUCAGCACGGGGCGGACGGAAGGGAACACGUCAUUGAGUAUGCGUCCAAGACGCUGAGCCAGGUGCAGGCUAAUUACGAAGCGUGCAAAGGCGAAUGCCUGGCGGUGGUGUGGGGGAUCCAGCAUUUCCGACCGUAUCUUUACGGCCAGAAAUUCGUGCUGGUGACAGAUCAUCAGCCGCUGCUGUCCCUACGCAACAACACGGACUACACGGGGACGCUGGGCCGGUGGGCGGUGCGUCUGCAAGAUUAUGACUUCGACAUCCGCCCCUGUGCCACGCGGCAGCAUGGGAGCAGGAUGAACCAUCGCCAGUCGGAGCAUGAGCCCCUCGAGCAUUUCCAGACGCCGCUUGCAGAUCGCUUGUUGCGGCAUCAGUUCAAUGAGGAAAGGCAGUUGCGGUACGACAUUCAGCAGGUGAACGUGCCAGCGCCCGGGGUUGCUGAUUUGGCGGCGUACUCGUUGCUUUGCGAUCGGCUGACGUAUGCGGGGGUGUACGUGGACGUGACGCAAUUGCCUGGUCGGGAGACGACUCGAGUCUUCAUUGAGUUCCGCGCGCUCCAGGUGGCACCCAACUUCGUGCACAGCGUCUCCACCUUUAUCGGAGACUUGACGAUCCUACCGCAGUCGAAUCGGGAGCCGGCGCAAAGCUUUGUGCGCGAAUACGCGGUGGAAGCGGCCAGAUUAGUGGCCAGAUUGCAAGGACGAGGGGGACACCGAUUCACGGCCCACGAAGUGCUGCUGGGCAGGGCAGAGGACGAACCAAUUGCGUUGGGCCCUUAUCCCAUGCGCGAGUUCUCGCAGUAUUUGGUGGAGCUAACUGACGUGGAGCCGCUGCCCUUCGCCGACGAAGACGCGUGGGAGUUGCACCGUGCGCUGUACAAGUCGGUGGCGCUGGGGAUGUUUCGGUUCUUCGUGGAUCACGAAGACCACUGCAUCGGGGAGCACUUCGUCGUCUACUACGUCAUCACGCGGCCCAAGCCAGCGGAGAAGGAACAGACGGUGGCGCUGUACCCAUUCGCCCAGCUCCAGACGAUCGAUCCGGGAUUGUUGGAGCUCAUACAUCUUGAGCUCCUCUCUAUUGCGCAAGUGAUCGCGAGCGAGGAGGAGGAGAUCCAACCACGCUUGCGGACGGAAACGGCCCCGCGGAGAACGUACAACGCGGUCGUCAUCCCGAAUUACAUUGCGCAGCGCGCGGAGAGGUUGGAGGACUUCCCGGAGGAAAGGCCGUUGCGGCCCCCCUCGUCGUAUCCUCGACCGGCGCCACCGAAGGCCCCCAAGAAGACGCCGAAGAGGAAGAGACGCCACCCGUCGCUAGGAGCGCAAGGCAGCAGGAUCGGCGGCGGCGAGGAGGUGAUUCAGCCCGCGCGUACGUGGAAUCCUGACCCCGUACCUGGGAGUGCGGCGAUGCUCGUUAAGGAGAUUGUCGUGCCAUCGCCGCCCUUUCCGCGUGUGCCCGAUCUUAAUCUUGAUGGAGUCGGGCCAUCAUCAGCAGCAGCAGCCACAGGAGGAAGCCGAAUGGGAUUUCUGGAUCCCAUAUCCGGACCCCCCGUCCUCGCGGGACCUCUCCGUUCCCGCCAGCCACCCCGGGGUGCCCCGGUCAUUGACAUUAGUAGUUCCUCCGAGCCGGACGGUCCAUCCGACAGAGGUGGACUUCAUGGUGGAGCCCGCCACCAUCAGGCUCGAGGCCAUUGCGGGGUCGCCGCGCCCUGAUCCAGCGUGGGAGCCAUAUCUGACACCCCCUUUUCAAGGGUGUAUUGAGGCGCGAUUGGCUGGGACGCUCAUCUACGAGACCGG